AUGGCAGGAAGCUUCCUUUCCUGUCGGGCCUGUCUGCUCAGGACCAUCCAAGUGGCUGCUCAUGGCCGCGCUGCGGAAGCUUCAGCUCUCAGAGCAGCGGCUCAACUACGCCAACACAACAGAUCGUAUGCGACUGCGUCACCUGCCACGGCCUCACCCGUCGAUGCCCCGAAGACUUUACAAGUACCGAAUGAAGACCAGUCUGUCGCUGAGAAGAAACAGCGGGAGAAGCUACAGCGUGCUGUGAAUAAGCACCUGAGCCACAUGGACGACCAGUGGAAGAUUGCGCAACAUGUCGACCAGACGCUCGCAAAGGAUCGUUUCGACGAAGCUCUACUCCUUACACAACAAGCAAGCAAAGAUCGCCAAGUAGUCGUCUCUUGGAACCAUCUUAUCAACUACCAGCUGGAGAAGCAGAAGCUGAAAUAUGCAAUCAAGCUAUUCAAUGAUAUGAAGAAACGUGGCCAAUUACCAAAUGUCCAAACCUUUACCAUCAUCUUCAGAGGUUGCGCCAAGUCACAACACCCCAAGGCUGCAGUCGCCGAAGCCGUAAAACACUACAACAUGCUCAUGGCUGAUAAACGCAUCCAGCCAAACUCGACACACCUCAAUGCCGUCCUAAAUGUUUGCGCCAAGGCCGGAGAUCUGGAUUCAAUGUUUCUGAUUGCCAAUACCGCCAAUGACUCGACGCGAGCGCCCACGGCAUAUACAUACACCACCAUCUUAAAUGCCCUGCGGCACAGCGCCAUGAAGGACAUCAAGGAGCUUCCCUAUGAGCAGCAAUCUGCAAACCUGCAAAAGGUUGUCGACCAAGCAAAGAGCCUGUGGAUGGAAGUCAUGGACAAGUGGAAGCAGGGUAGAAUCGUCAUUGACGAAGAACUAGUAUGCUCCAUGGGCCGCGUGCUCUUACUUGCCCCCAAGCGGGAGGACAAACGAGACGUUCUAGACCUCCUACAACAGACCAUGAACGUGCCCAACUUGACCAAGACACUUGGUUCAGACCCCUUCCAGGAUCCGGACAUGCAAAAUAUUGCCGUCAAAGGCGCUUCCAAGGCAGUCACUUCAUCAAAGGCCGUGUACGCCAUCCCCAGCCGCAACACCCUUGCCCUUCUCCUCAAAACCCUCGCAUCCUCCAAUCUCACAACAGUGGGCAUCAAAUACUGGAACCUCAUGGUCCGCCAUUACGGCAUCGUCCCCGACAACGACAACUGGCUCCGCAUGUUCGGCAUGCUCAAGGUAGCCAAAGCCAGCGCCCACGCAGCAUCCAUCAUCACCAUCCUCCCCGAUGAGUUCCUCGACGCCAAGCCCUACCAAAUCGCAAUGGAGACCUGCGUACGCGACAACAUCAACGAAAACGCCAUUGAGAAUUCCACAGCAAUUCUCAACUCCAUGAUGGACCGUCUUGACGUUCCUGACAUUUACACGCUCCGCCUCUACUUGCGCGUCGCCCUCGUCAGCCACUACCGUCUCCGGACCAAGGCCCAAAAGGGCGACGAACAAGGUGCGAAGCGCGAAUACGGCAUCCAAAUCACCACUGCCCUGGCUCGUCUCUGGGACCCCUACAAGAAAGUCCACUACCACUACUUCAAAGCUACGCCCUCCCCAACCAACAAAAAAGAUGAAGGCAUCUUGUACAACGAUAAACGAGAAGUGAUUGCCCUUGCUCGACUCAUGUUCUCCGCAUUUAACAAGGUCGUCAACGAGGGCAUGCUUCCGGAGAAGGACCUGCGAGAAUUGCGACCUGUAGGAGCCAAGAUAAACCGGGAAAUUCAAGCCUUUUACUCUACCCGUGAGCAGACGGAACCAAAGUUGCGCCGGACGACAGAUGCCGAGCAGGUAGUGGAGGAUGAGGCCCCGGAUGGCGCUCACGAGGGUGCUCGUCGACAGGGGGGUGACUUUGUUUGGGACACAACAAGGUCUUGGGAACCAGUUUCAUUGCGACGAGACCGGCGUUGA